UCCUCAUCCCUCUCUCUCGACUUUCCGAGAAAAGAUUCUAACGGCGUGAAAUCAGCAAUUGAUAACAGAAGUUGAGAUCGUUAAUUCAUCCUUUCGACUUUCGAUCUGCUGAUUAUCGUAGUUGUGUUUGUGAUUCAGUUAAUCUCUGAUUAAAACUGUAUUGAAGAUCGAAGAAGAGUUUGAAACAGAGAUGGCUCCUCAAAAUGUUGGAAUUCUCGCCAUGGAAAUCUACUUCCCUCCUACUUGUAUCAAACAGGAUACCCUAGAAGAUUUUGAUGGUGUUAGUAAAGGAAAAUACACCAUUGGACUCGGACAAGAUUGCAUGGCAUUUUGUUCAGAGGUUGAAGAUGUCAUCUCUAUGGGAUUGACAGCUGUCACAUCACUACUAGAGAAGUAUGAAAUCGACCCAAAACAAAUCGGUCGCCUUGAAGUCGGUAGUGAAACUGUAAUAGACAAGAGCAAAUCCAUCAAGACCUUCUUGAUGCAAAUCUUUGAGGAAUGUGGAAACACAGACAUUGAAGGUGUGGAUUCAACCAAUGCAUGCUAUGGUGGAACUGCAGCAUUAUUCAACUGUGUGAAUUGGGUGGAAAGCAGUUCAUGGGAUGGAAGGUAUGGAUUAGUUGUCUCCACAGACAGUGCGGUUUAUGCCGAGGGGGCUGCCCGACCAACAGGAGGGGCAGGUGCUGUUGCCAUGCUGAUUGGACCCGAUGCACCAAUCGCAUUCGAAAGCAAAUUUAGGGCAAGUCAUAUGUCACAUGUUUAUGACUUUUACAAACCCGACCUUGCAAGUGAAUAUCCAGUUGUUGAUGGAAAAUUGUCCCAAACUUGUUAUCUCAUGGCUCUUGAUUCUUGCUACAAAGGAUACUGUCAAAAGUAUGAGAAACUUCAAGGGAAACAAUUUUCAAUGGUGGAUGCUGAUUAUUUUGUGUUUCACAGUCCGUAUAACAAGCUUGUACAGAAGAGUUUUGCUCGUUUGGUGUUCGAUGAUGUUGCCAGAAAUGUCAGCUCUGUUGAUGAGUCUGCUAAAGAGAAGUUAGGUCAAUUCACGUCUCUAAAGGGCGACGAGAGCUACCAAAGCCGUGAUCUUGAAAAGGCAGCCCAGCAAGUGGCAAAACCAGAUUAUGAUAAAAAAGUGAAGCCAGCAACUUUGAUCCCCAAGCAACUGGGAAACAUGUACACUGCAUCUAUUUAUGCUGCUUUUGCUUCACUCAUUCACAACAAGAGUGACUCUCUGGAUGGAAACCGUGUAAUGAUGUUCUCAUACGGGAGUGGAUUAUCCGCUACAAUGUUUUCGCUACAUCUUAGCGAGGGAAAAGGACCUUUUAGUUUAUCAAACAUCGCAAAGGUCCUGAAUAUUGACCAUAAGUUAAAGACCAGGACAGAGGUUGUGCCAGAAAAAUUUGUCGAAUUGAUGCACUUGAUGGAGCACAGAUAUGGUGGGAAGGACUUUGUGACAAGCAAGGACACUAGUCAUUUGGCUCCAGGCACUUACUAUUUGACUGAAGUUGACUCCAAGUACAGGAGAUUUUAUGCCAAGAAGACAACCGAGUUGGCUAAUGGUCACUGAAGAGUGAGAACCGACACGGAGUCAGUUAUUAUUGAAAGCUUUUAGCUCUACAAGUAUGGUUUUGGUAAGGGGUGAUGUUGUAAGAGCACAUAAUAAUCUGCUUCUAUUUAUUUAAGUUUGUUACUUGAGAACUAAUGUCAAUUCUUAAGGAAUGUAUUUUUAAUCUAUCUUAUUAAUAAAAGUUUAUGAUUAUUGGUAUUCA